CUUCCAUCAAAGAGACGGGCAUGCUUGCUAAUCUCAGCUUGACAUCCAGCAUGCUACAGAGCUUGGUCUGGCCAUUACACCUGCAUCUCUUUUAGCACAGACGCUAAAGUCACAGACCAGACCAGAGCAGACUAUACAAACAUGUCUGCCAGCAUCGGAAUCGCCAACCUCCCGAACCAGAGGCACAAGAUUGUGGCCAAAGCGGGAGGUCACUUUACGCUCAUGGUCGUUGGAGAGUCGGGAGUGGGAAAGACGACCCUGAUCAACACACUCUUCAGCACAGAGCUGGCGACGGGCAAGGAUUACACGCGCCGCCAUGCCAAGCAGAUGGACAAGACGGUGGAGAUUGACAUUAUCAAGGCCGAGCUGGAGGAGAAGCAGUUCAAGGUCAAGCUGACGGUGAUCGACACGCCCGGGUUUGGGGACUACGUGAACAACCGCGACUCGUGGGCGCCAAUUGUCGACUUUAUUGACGACCAACACGAGCUGUACAUGCGCCAGGAGCAGCAGCCAGAGCGCAAGAGCAAGACGGACAUGCGGGUGCACGCGUGUCUUUACUUUAUCCGCCCGACAGGGCACACGCUCAAGCCGCUGGACAUUGAGAUGAUGAAGCGGCUCGGCACGCGCGUCAAUCUGAUCCCUGUCGUGGCCAAGGCGGACACGCUUACGCCAAACGACCUGGCGGUGUUCAAGCAGCGCAUCCGCGAGGUGAUCGCGCAUCAGGGCAUCCGCGUCUACUCGCCGCCGAUUGAGAACGAUGACGAGGCGAGCGCGGAGCACGCCAAGACACUCAUGUCGGCGAUGCCCUUCUCGAUUAUCGGCUCGACGGAGGAUGUGCAGACGCACGACGGGCGCACUGUCAAGGGCCGCGCGUACCCGUGGGGUGUAUCGGAGGUAGAGAACGAGGAGCACUGCGACUUUAAGAAGCUGCGCUCGCUACUGAUCCGCACGCACAUGCUCGACCUGAUCAACACGACCGAGGAGACGCAAUAUGAAAACUACCGCCAGACGCAGAUGGAGACGCGCAAGUUUGGCGAGCCCAAGGUGAAGAAGCUGGACAACCCCAAGUUCAAGGAGGAGGAGGAGCUGCUACGCAAGCGCUUCACAGAGCAGGUCAAGAUGGAGGAGGCGCGAUUCCGCCAGUGGGAGCAGCACCUGAUCGCCGAGCGCGACCGGCUCAACAAGGACCUCGAGACUGCCCACGGCGCCAUCAAGGCGCUCGAAUCCGAGCUGGAUCAGAUGCAGGGUGCCGCCGCCGCUGCCGCAGCGCCUGCAAGCGCGUACGGCCGCGCGCCGCCGAGGCGGUAAGUGUGCGUGCAUGCAUUUGGCGGUGGCGCCUGUCCUAUUACGUACGUGACGAGGAGGCCCGGCGCGCGCAGAAAGAAGCGCCCGCCGCUGCAGGCCCGUCCUGUAUGCAACUCGUCCUUUUUUCCCCUUUGUUCUCCUUUCUAUUAUGACUUGGACCCCUC